AUGGCAUCAAAUUUUACACGAAAAUUACUCAACUUCUAUACCAAAAUUACCCCUACUCGUGUGGAAACGUGUGCUAAUUUGGUCUGCAGCUCUAUUUAUGGUGAUGCUGUUCAAACUGCAAUUUUGUCUGGCGAUAAAUUGAAAAGUGUUAAGGAGGAAGAGUCAAUUAAAAAGCUUGAACGUCUUUCGUCACUAAAAAUGACUUCAAAAGAUGUUAAAAAUUUGGAAGAGGAUAUUUUAUUUUCUCAAAGGAUUUUGGACGUUAACACUGAAGUUUUGAUGAAUACCAAGAAUGUUUAUGAAGGAUUUUUUACUGCUCCAAGUGUUGGUAUUGUUACAAAAAAGGAAAAGAAUGUUAAGAGAAUGUCUUCGAAUCUUGAAAAUCCACAUGCAACGACAAUAUAUUAUUUAAAUCGACCGCAAAGAAUUAUUCAACCAGAGAAACAACAAAAUAAUAAUGUUUUUAUUGUACAUCAACAACAACCGCCUCAACAACAAAAUGUGCAGCAAAAUCUUCAUUUUAAUCAAAAUCUUCCACCAUUUUCAAGUGUUUCAAUGCCUUCAACAACAACAAUUAUAAGAGGUAGUCGAUCAUCUACACAAUCUCCACAAAUUGUUUCUUCUUCAGCUUCACGUUCUUCAGCAUCUCCAGCAUUAAUGUCUUCGUCAGUUGAUGCAAUUACUGCACCUACAGAACAGGACAUUAUGAAAUGUGCACACUUCUUCAAAUCUUUGUUAAAGAUGAGGCCGCAUCAAUCAUUUAAUUUGUUGGACAUGAAAAAUUUGCUUCGGCAAUUACCUCAACAAUCUGAUGAAUUUACUACUUUUUCUUCACAACAACAAUCUCAAAAUAAUCAACAACAGAAUUUUCAAAUUUAUGGGAAAAGUCCAAAAACAGAAAAUUAUUCUCCAGCAAAUUUGGCACCAACAACAGCUCAUUCAAUGCCAAAAAGUGUAGAAAACAUUCAACAAAAUUCUCUAGAUAAUUACAAAUUUGUUCGAUCAAAUGAAAUGAAAUAUGAGGUUUCAACAUUUAAAAAGGAAGAAUCAAAUACAAUAGCUGAAAAAGGAAAUGUUGGAAUGGAUCCUUCCGCUUCUUCACUAUUUGAUGAUAAUACGGAUAAUUUAAAUAAUUUACCCAAAAUGCUCUUGAACCCACAAGCUUUGGCUGAUAGAAUUUUGUUGCGUAUGCCAGAUGCUGAAGGUGUUGAUGGUGAAGUGCUUUCAGUUAUUUCAAAUGCAGCAGAAGCUCGUCUCUGUACAAUUCUUGCUCAUUUAUCUACUUUAGCUGAACAUCGAUUAGAACCUUUACGUGCUAAUCCUCUUUAUACUUCAAUUGAUGAACCUAGAAAACAAAUUCGUUUUAUGGAAGAUAUUGAUAAACGUGCCCAUAAUCAUAGACAAACAGCAGAAAAGGAAGCUCUUUUAAAAAUUACUAAAAGUAAAGGAAAAGAUAAGGAUGCGUUAGAAAAAGCAAAACAGAUUCAAAAAGCUGAUAGAGAAGCAAUGGUUAAUCGUGAAGCUAAUGCUGCAGCUUUUGCAGCACUUGGUGGAAGUCGAAUUGGAGCAAAAAGGCCUUUUGCUGCUCCAACGUUGGGUGGAACUGUUGAUUGGAAAAGUGGAAUGCAAAAUCAAGGAUUAACUAGUGGAUUGACUGGAGCUGCGAAAAUUGCUCGUCUUAAACGUGUUACAAUGCGUGAUUUACAAUUUUUUCUUGGUAUUGAUCCAUCAAUUCCAAGUAAUUCAAGACUUCGUCAUCGUAUUGCUUUAUAUUCACUCUGUGCUGAUGAAAAUACUUUAAUUUAA